AUGGCUGCUCCUGCUCGCGGUGUCUGGGCUGCUAAUGGUUCUAACCACCUUGCUUUCGCUACUGGCGGCAAUGCCGGCAGCACGUACGCCAACGCCGCGAUUGACCUCCAGAACAUUGCCCAUCGCCUGCUCACUCGCAACUAUCCUAACGCUGCUGUUGCGGUUGUCAACGUACAAGGUGGUAUCAACAUGAACGACUAUUCUGUCUGGUACAUCCUUGACAGGGACGUUGCUAAUGAGCUACGUCGUGCGCUCUCAAUGGCCUCCCCUCCUAUCCGCCGUGUCGCUGAGUUCUUUCUCCGUCCUGCCGGGAACUCACCGUACGACGCCUAUUGGGGUCCGGGCAACAUCGAGUAUUCCCCUGUCGUCGCUCGUAGCACUAUCCACGCUCGCCAAAUCCUCACCGGACGCGACUCGUACGUCAAGGCUUUCGUCAUCCAUUCCCGUGGUGUCCUCAACCCUGCUGGCUGCCACAACAACUGCGCCCACGCCGUACGUGGUACUAAACCUUUUACUGCCUUUGCUGGUUGUGUCUCUAUUCCUGGAGAGUGGAAUGGCGCCUGCUCUAACUGCGUCUGGACUGAGCAUGGUGCGCGCUGUGGUCUUGCCGGUCAAGGAGCGCCUAAUGGCGGAGGAGGAGGAGCUCUUCCUGGUCCUCGUCCUCGUACGGGUGGUCGGGCGAUUCGUGCUCCCUCUUCUGAGGAGGAGCUCGUCGAUGCGGACGACUAG